UCAAGCUAAUAGACGCGACUCCGCCCACACAAGUCAACCUCGCAACCAUAUCUAACGCACCUGUAUUACCGUAGUUUGGCACGAGCAUUUUACGCACGGUGCUAAGACCAAAUCCGCGCUCGCGCACGAAAUCCAUUUACACUCCGGUAGUAGAGAGGGCCCUGAUCGAGUCGCUUUGCUCCGUCAAUCAAACAAUCCUCCCGUUUUAAAGGCCCCGGACAAACGUUAACACCGCGCAGAGCAGCAGCAGAGCCUCGGUGAAGCACAGUGACAGAGCCGGAUAGGUUUGGAGAGGAAGAAUGGCGGAUUCAGGCAGCACCGUAGCGGCCCCAGCGGCCGCAGGCUCCAACAGCGCUGUCGGGGCGGCUGGCUCGGUGGCGCAGGACGGAGGAGCGGCUCCAGUUGUGGGAAUCAAGGCCCCGUCCGAGUCCGUGAAGGGCCAGCUAUUCGAUGUGGGCCCCCGCUACACGAACCUGUCUUACAUCGGGGAGGGGGCUUACGGGAUGGUCUGCUCUGCUAUGGACAGCGUGACAAGCUCGCGCGUAGCCAUCAAGAAAAUCAGCCCGUUUGAGCACCAGACGUACUGCCAGCGCACACUGAGGGAAAUCAAGAUCCUGCUGCGUUUCCACCAUGAGAAUAUCAUCGGCAUCAACGACAUUCUCAGGGCACGGGUACUCGACAACAUGAGGGAUGUCUACAUCGUUCAGACUCUGAUGGAGACGGACCUGUACAAGCUGCUGAAGACUCAGAGGCUGAGCAACGACCACGUCUGCUAUUUCCUCUACCAGAUCCUGCGAGGCCUCAAGUACAUCCACUCUGCCAACGUGCUGCACCGUGACCUCAAGCCCUCCAACCUGCUCAUCAACACCACCUGCGACCUCAAGAUCUGUGACUUUGGCCUGGCGAGGAUAGCCGACCCGGAGCACGACCACACGGGUUUCCUGACCGAGUACGUGGCCACGCGUUGGUACAGGGCUCCAGAAAUCAUGCUCAAUUCAAAGGGCUACUCCAAGUCCAUUGACAUCUGGUCAGUGGGCUGCAUCCUGGCUGAGAUGUUGUCCAACAGGCCCAUCUUCCCCGGGAAACACUACCUGGACCAGCUCAACCAUAUACUGGGCGUCCUUGGAUCCCCCACUCAAGAUGAUCUGAACUGCAUCAUCAACAUGAAGGCCAGGAACUACCUGCAGUCCCUGCCUCCAAAACCCAGAAUCCCCUGGGAGACUCUCUACAAGGCCGACUCCAAAGCUCUGGACCUGCUGGGCCGCAUGCUGACCUUUAACCCCGUGAAGCGCAUCAGCGUGGAGGAGGCUCUGGCUCAUCCCUACUUGGAGCAGUACUACGACCCCACAGAUGAGCCGGUGGCGGAGGAGCCCUUCACCUUCUCCAUGGAGCUGGAUGAUCUGCCCAAGGAGAAGCUGAAGGAACUGAUCUACGAGGAAACCGCUCAAUUCCAGGCAACCUACCAGGGAACAUGAGACACAUGGCCCUAAAGAGUGACAAAGCCACGCAGAGGCUUGGAACAAGAAGACUCCAAACGACAUGCUAAAACAAAAAGAAAAAAUGCAUCUUCAAGAAACCAACAAAAAAAAAAGAGAAAACGAGAAAUGAACAUUUAACUGCUUAUCUUUCCAUUUCUACUGCAAGAGAGCUAAGUUUAACUUUUGAUUUCUGUGGUUGGGGGUGGUAGGGUCUGUGUACUCAUACUGUUUCAGUUUUGUCCAUGUUGGACUCUUCCUCCUCUCACCUCACAUUUAUUUUCCCGUUAAACGUCCCUCCUCAUCCCCUCCCAUCAUCAGUAACCCCCCCCCCCUCUCUCUCUUGCUCCCUGAUGCUGAUCUGUCGCUCCCUCAUAUAAACUACUGUAUUAACCGACUCCAUAACUCUCUUGUCUUGCUCCAUGUAAAUUACAAGCUGGAAAAAAUCGAGGGCUAAAGGAACGGGGAUGCUAAUCGGGUGUUUGUGUAUAUAUACAAAAAUAUAAAAAGCUUAUUUUCUUUUCUUUUUUUAAGUGUGCUUGUGGCAGUUUUUGUGUGUACAUCGUUGUUUUUGAGUGUUUUCGGAUCAGUCGUAUCUGUAUGUUUUGGGGUUUAUAUUUGCAAGUCUUUUUUUUCUUUAACACUUGAUUUUUGAGACAAACAUUCAAUGUUAUUUCUGGCAUGUUGACAGGUUUAUAUAGAUUUAUUUGUCGUCGCUUUUCUUUUCUUAAAAAAAAAACAACAACUGUAUGAUGUUCAUAUGAAUGCAUGCAUUCCUUAAAUCAACCAAAGUGGCAGAGAUAUGCAGGAAACUUGGCCGGGGAGCAACUAAGGGUUACCCAUCGUAGUUUUGAAUCAACACAUUUUCUGACAUAUUACUCGACUCUCCAUUCAGGAGACGCCACAUGAUUGGAACAAAUAGAAAUCAAACAGUAUAAAGUAUAAUCGCUUAUUCAUUCAGAUAACAGUAGUACCUACGCCCCAUUUUCCAGAAAGUCAUGGUACUCUUACCAAACCCUUUUGUUCCCCUAAUGAUCAUGAACUACCUGACUUAAGUGACUGUAAGUUUUAUAGUGGAAGACGUUCCUUCCAAAAUGGCAGAAAUACUGCCAGAACACUGAUGUCAGACACUGUUAUAGUACAUUUUCCCUUCAUUAAAUACAAUAACCAUCAAAUAUCUGAUCAGUAUUACAUAUUGCUAUUCAUUUUAGUUAAAAAUGAAUAGCAAAUGAAUGGUUAACUACUUAUUAUAACAUCAGUGAAGCCGUCUGAUCUCCUGUACAGUACUCUGGAAAAUGGGGCCUGGUUGACAGACAUCAGCCUUUCCAUCCCACUGUGCUGUAUGGAGUCCGUCCCGUCACAGUCUAACUGACAGCGAAGGCCCGAGUAUAAACAAACCCAUGUAAACGGUCGAGAGAAGUGCACUUUCCAACAAGCAUUUUCAGAUUAUGGCUCAUUGAUGUGAGUUGAAUGUAAAUGGCCUGAGUUUCUGGAGUCUGUCGCUGCAGUUAGUGCUCAUCGGAUGAGAACUUUUACAAGAACGAGACUCCUAAAAAAAACUGUACAUGUUGCUGACAAAUGCCGCGUUGAAGCCAUUAAGGAUGUAUGGUAAAGAUUCCCAUGUUUCCCACGGUUCCAAUGCGACCUGACAUCACUAACAAUAAUCAAACCCAGGAUUGUCAGAGCGUCUACAGCCAUCAUCCCUUCGUGGUUGUACGGUAUAAAAAACCCUCUCUGCCCAUUUUGUUUUACGCUCGCUCCCCUUUUCGCGUGUGUGUUUUCCUGCUUCCUGUUCUUCUUCAAUGUGGGUGAUUUAACGCUGCGUUGUUUCUCAGAUGGCUUCUUUGCUUGUGUAUUCUGUCUGUGUUUAUGGUUCCUGUCAGCGGCUGCUCCCUCCUCUCUUUGUUCUGGAUGUGACUGUACAUAAUGGCUGCUUGGUGGAGCCGUCACCAGCUCGGUCUGCACUAAUUUUCUGCCUGUUGCACUGGGACCAGUAGAGAAGCCCCCUCCCCCCCUCCUUUCCUCCCCUAAAAAAAAUGGACCAACACAUGCACUGGAUCCUCUUUUAUUCUUUCUUUCUCGGGGCAGGUCUGUGAUGCUCGCCGGCCUCGCUCUUUGCAGCUAAAAUCAUUGAUUUUUCCUUCUUGGGCUGUUUUUUUCUCAGAAGCCAUAGCCAGCACUUUGGGAUCGGUGUGAGGCUUCCGGGUGCAUGUGGUGAUUUGUAUCCUUUUUUUUCUGUUCAACCUUCUGACUCGCCACGCUUUACUCAAAGGGCUGCCUCCCCUCCUCCCUUGUCUGUCUGCUUCUCCACAGUGGCACUUGGUGGUUUAUCACUGACUUUGCUGCCACCAAGUCAUCGCCCCUGGAUCAUGCAGGAAACUCGCAUAACUCAAUCAGCACGCCUGCACUUUGUCUUUCCAGCCACGCUCGCUUUGUCCUCUCCGGAUGUUUUUUGUCUCCUUGUUCAGCUUUAAGUUUCACCUGCUGUGUGUGCGUGUGUGUUUGUGUGUGUUAAAGCUCAUGGAACGUCUGCAGUAAUUUAUGUCUGUGUACAGGUGUUUGUGUAUCUGCUCAUGAGUAACAUAAAGCCAAGACUCUUUCUAUCCUGUGUGUGUGUUUUGGAGCCUCUCCAUGCAGUUGCCUGCGCUUUUUACAUCUGAGAUUUGCUAUGCUUGUCAUAUGUAUAUUUGGUCACCAGUCAACCAGGCCCUGCUUUGCUUCUUUUUUCUUUUCUUUUUUUAAUCUCCAACUGACCUGCCACCAGACCAAACAUCUCACUGGGUAACCAUGGGAAGGAAAACAAAGAGGAUCACGUUUUUCCAAUCCUCCGGACACACACUCACACACACUUCCUCUCUCUUUCUGAGGAGUGCAUCUGUGUGUUUGUGAAAAGUUGCACUUAAACGCACCAUAUACAUUCACGCAGCAUCGGCGAGUCUGAAGGCCUGUCCGUCACGAGGCCUGUUUCCAGAUAUUGUUGUUUUUAAAUGGCUGUUCUUAUUAUUGCUAUUGUUAUAUUGGUGAGUUGUUGUAUUUUCUUUCUUUUAUUUUUAUACAUAAAAGGGAGUUAAAGUUGUUUUUGUUUUUUUAAUAAUUAGAAUGUUUUUCUUUGUAUUUUCUUUUUCUUUAAUUCUCUUAUGGGCGUGAUUAUUAUUGGCAGUGUUUUCAAUCUUUCUGAAACCUUUGUUUUCUUUGAUUUCCCCUCCAAGAUCUUAUAAGGAAUUAUUUUAAAAGAAGAUAUACGUAGAUUGUCGAAGAGAUAUGAGUUAUCGAGGGUUAUAGUCUGUAUAUUCUAUGGGUAUUAUGAAUUAAAGUUAAACGAUUAACAAAAACUGAAUUAUAUACAUAUAAUUAAAUAAAAUGUCCUGAUACUGUUA